AAACCACUCUGCAUUCCCCACACGAGCCGUCGCUGACCGAUGGGCGCAGGCGCGUCCACGCAGGAAGUGGCCAGUCUACGGCAGGCGCUCGAGGAGAAGGAGGCCGAGAUCCAGCGAUUGCAGGCACUCGCCAAAUCGCUGGAGGCAUCCAAAGCGUCCGCGGAAGCUUUGGCAGCCAAGGCGUCCCAGGACUUGACCAAGUCCCAUGAGAUUUCAAAAUCGACCCGUCCGAGCCAAGUGGGGCGACCGAGCCUAUUGAAAGGCGGGCCGAUGCAUCCACUGAUCGUGUCGCAGCAGCCGUCGGCGUCGUCGUUUGCGUCGAAAGCUCACGAGCGCAAGUCCGUGGAUCCUGCCAAGAAGCGCCGUGUCGAAGUGUCGGCGGAGGUGAUGCACAAGGCGCCGACCAAGUACAAGAAGGUCGUGUACCCCAAGUCGGACGGGUCGAAAGAGCUCAUUCUGAAAGCGAUCCAAAACAACAUCUUGUUUCAAGGCCUGUCCCAAGGGGAACAAACUGACUGCGUCGACGCGUUCCAGUGCCGCGAGCACGAGGCCGGCGUCGAGAUCAUCACACAAGGCGACCAGGGCGAGCACUUCUACGUUGUCCAGAGCGGCACACUCGACAUCCUCGUGUCUGUCAAGUCAAAUCCGCCCAUCAAGUACGGCGCACUCACGUCGGGGAUGGGGUUCGGCGAACUGGCGUUGCUUUGCAACACGCCGCGCGCGGCCACAAUCAAAUCCAAAUCGUCCGUGGUGCUAUGGGCUCUCGAUCGCAACGACUUUCGAGAAAUUUGCACCACGCACGAAGCGAUGCGGCACGCGAAAGCGGUCGAGUUCCUCCGGCAAGUUGAAGUGCUGAAGAAGCUCAGCUCGGCCGAGGUCAUCCGUGUCGCGGCCGCGAUGCAGUGGGAAGAGUACGAGUCCAACACAGUCCUCUUUCGCGAAGGCGAGAUGGGUGAACACUUUUACGUGAUCACGUCGGGCGAGGUCCAAGUGACCAAAGUCAACCCGGUCACUGCGACGGACGAAUUUGUUCGCGUCAUGUCGAGCGGCGACCACUUUGGCGAGCUCGCGCUGUUCAAAGAUGAAACAAGAAGCGCUACAUGUACAUCAACGACGGACGUUCAGCUGCUCGUGCUGUCGCGCGAGCAUUUCAGCGCCAUGCUCGGGUCGCUGCAGGAAUUGAUGGACCGCCCAGACGCCCCGCCGAGCCCCAAGAAGAACUCGCUCACGGACAGCUCCAAGACGCACAGCAUCAAGUACAAGCUCGACAUCCCGUUUGAGGACCUCGAGAUCAUGCACGCGCUUGGGAGCGGCGCAUUCGGUCGCGUCAAGCUCGUCCGACAUCCCCCGACCGACCAAACCUUUGCUCUCAAAUGCCUCGUCAAGUCGCACAUCGUUGCAAACAAUCUCAAAGAUCACGUCGUGAACGAAAAGAGGGUCAUGAUGAUGCUGGACCACCCGUUCAUCCUCAAGCUCCACCACACGUACAAAGACGACAUGUUUGUGUAUUUUCUCCUCGAGCUGGCCCUCGGCGGCGAGCUCUUUACGUUCCUCCGCCGCCGCGAGCGGUUCGAAGAGGCCGCCGCGAGGUUUUACGUCGCGUCCGUCGUCCUCGCCUUUGAGCACAUGCAUCAAAAAAUGAUUGCGUAUCGAGACUUGGACGACAUGAACCUCAUCCUUGACGCCCACGGAUUCCUCAAGGUCGUGGAUUUAGGGCUCGCCAAAGUCGUUCCCGAACGGACGUGGACAUUGUGCGGCACCCCGGAUUACUUGGCCCCCGAGAUCAUCCUGAAUCGAGGGCAUGACAAAGCGGUCGACUACUGGGCCCUCGGCGUCCUCAUCUACGAACUGAUUGCUGGCACUGUGCCGUUCUUUGCGGAUGACCCGAUGCAAGUGUAUUCGCUCGUCCUGACGGGCAACAUCAAGUUCCCUGUCCACUUCAGUCGGACGUGCAUAGACUUGGUGCAGAAACUGUUGACUCAAAACCCCGUGCGGCGGCUCGGCAACCUAAAGCACGGCGUCGGCGACAUCAUCAACCACCGGUGGUUCUCGGGCUAUGACUGGGACGGCCUCCUCAAGCACAGAUUGACGCCGCCGAUCGUGCCCCAGCUCAAGAACAACAUGGACUCGUCCAACUUUGAACGAAUACUCGACGAGCUCAAGGACGUAACCCCGUGCUCGUGGGACCCCGAAUUCUAGCACAUAGAGAGAUAGACAAUCGCAACGUCGAGACGGUCGUGGUGGCCGUAAGUUGUGUACCGCCGCCGUGUCGCGUCCAG